AUGAGUCGAACCUUCCCGGCCGAGCUGAUCGACCCAUGCUGCGAUCCUGCGAAGCCGAUUGUCGUCGGGAUGAGCCAGAUCACCGAGGCCGCCUAUGGAAUUAGGGGCGCGGUGGAGAAGACGCUGUGCCGGUACUCGCGCGCCCUCUCCCACGCCACCGGAAUCGAGGUCUAUCUCAAGAUGGAGCAGACCCAGACGACGGGCAGCUUCAAGGAGCGCGGCGCCCGCUGGGCGCUCAUGAAUUUAACGGCUGACGAGAAGAAGAAGGGGGUGUACGCCGCGUCGGCCGGCAACCACGCGCAAGCGCUGUGCAUCCACGGCAACAAACUCGGCAUCCCAAUCACGGUAGUAAUGCCCCGACACGCGCCGAUCAAGAAGAUUGCCCAGUGCCAGCAGCUCGGCGGCAACAUCAUCGUCAAGGGCAAAGACAUUUCGGAGAGUCGCCACGUGGCCCUGACGCAAAGCCUCGAGGCCGGCGGCAAGUACAUCAACGGAUAUGAUCAUGAACAUGUCAUUGCUGGGGCUGGCACUGUUGGAUUGGAGAUUUUGGAUCAGGUGCCCGACGUCUCGGCGGUGUUGGCCAGCGUGGGCGGUGGUGGAAUGAUUGCCGGUGUGGCGACGGCGAUCAAGAAUCUCCGCCCACAAGUUGAUGUCAUCUCCAUCGAGGCCGACAGCUGCCCCUCAUUCAAGGCAGGC